ACACGCGGGCAUCAGAAGCGGAACUAAUGUGCGACGCAACGUUCUACGCGGGUAAAUUAGAGCGGCGCACCCAAACACUGUAGGCUGCCUGCUACGCCCUCAUGUGGUGCUGCUCGGGGACUGAAAGGCUGCUCCUGGAGAGAGAAGCUCCGAUUUCUCCUGUUGCAAGACUCCAAGGAAAUGUUAGUUUGGAGAGAGGGGCAUGUGAUGACAGUGAGGCCUCUGACACAGAGAGGGAUAUUCCAGAGGGUGAGGAGGAUGAAGAAGAGGGUGAGGAGGAUGAAGAAGAGGGUGAGGAGGAUGAAGAAGAGGGUGAGAAGGAAGAAAACAUACAGGGACAGAGAAAGGAACAGCCAGAGGGACAGCAAGUGGAUCCAUGUGGAUUAAGUACUGCACCAUCAGAAUGACGUAGCUACCAGGACAACCCAACUUGAAUAUAUUCCCAAUCCUUUUGAUGGGGGACAGGAGACGGAGCUUCAGGCCAAAAUGCUAUAAUCUUCAUCCACGGCUUGAGUAUUCUGUCAUGAUGGACUCUGCAUAUUGCUAU